CGGGCCUAGCCCCGGCGGGCACGGGGGGAAGGCGGAAGGACUGCGGGGCCGGCCUCCGGAGCAGAGCGGCCCGCCUUGGGAGCCCUGCGUCCCGGCCAUGGAGGGCGCCCUGCUAGCGCUGUGCAACUGGAGUACGCUGGGCGUGUGCGCCGCGCUCAAGCUGCCGCAGAUCCACGCGCAGCUGGCGACGCGCAGCGCGCGGGGCAUCAGCCUCCCGAGCCUACUCCUGGAGCUGGCGGGGUUCCUGGUGUUCCUCCGGUACCAGUGCUACUACGGGAGCCCGCUGCUCACCUACCUGGAGUACCCCAUCCUCAUCGCGCAAGAUGUCAUCCUCCUGCUCUGUGUCUUCCACUUUAACGGGAACGUGAGGCAGGCCGUGCCCUACGUGGCCGUAUUCGUGUCUUCCUGGUUCGUCCUGGGCCUGCAGAAGUGGAUCAUAGACCUGUCCAUGCACUUCUGCACGCUCAUCAGCGCGGCCAGCAAGUUUGUGCAGCUCCAGCACCUGUGGAAGACGCAAGACUCGGGAGCUGUGAGCGCCCUCACCUGGGGCCUCUCCGCCUACACCUGUGCAACGAGAAUAAUAACAACGCUAAUGACCACCAACGAUUUUGCAAUUUUCAUCCGUUUUGUGGUCAUGCUGGCUCUCAACCUGUGGGUCACGGCCACAGUGCUCCGCUACCGGAAGCCCUCCCCCAAGGCUGAAUGAGGAGCAGGCUGCUGCCCCCACUGCACCCAAGUGCACCGGAGCCGCUCACCUCGCUUGCCGCAGAUGUAGCCAAAACUUUCCCAAGGUUCCUCUGGACUGGAAGGUGUUCCCAAGCCUCUCCUGAACACGCGGCUUUCCCUGUGCAUUCCCGCGGGGUCCCGGUGGAGCUCAGCUUGGCAGGGCUGGGGCUGAGGGGAGGGGUCCAGUAAUGAACACCCACGGAGCGGGGGUCGCUCCAAGUCAGAAGCAGAACUGCAAUGGAUGAGACAGUUCACUGCUGGACUGCUGUUCACUUCCCCCGUGGGUAGGGCACGGUGAGCUUGUGCAUGUCCUAAUACAGGCUGUCUGUCGUAAUGCACCUGCUCAGACUCCACCGGGCACCAAGGCGAGCACAGAUGUGGCCGGCUUGAGUGCAUCCCGCACGGUGCCCUGACCUCACUCUGUGCCUUCAAGUGAUUCCUACGGGAAGAUACGACUAGCUGCAGUCUAACCUCAACAAGCACAAUGUUGCCUUCAAAGGGGCCCCAGCUCUGCAGCUGCCCUCACUGGACAUGGUGACCACGCCAGGAAAGUGUGUGAAGAGCACUGCUAGGUGCCAGUUCUGGGGGACUUCUCACAGCACCGUGUCCUACACAUGACAGUAAGAACACACGCUGGUUUCCCGUAAACCCUUUUGAACUCAGUGGCAUUAUUCUUAUAUACAGUAGUUUGUUAAGUGUUUAGCUUAAAACAAACUUCCUGUUUUCACCUCUGCUGAGGCUUACUAUGUAAAAUAAACUUCCUGUUUUCACCUCU